CACCAUAGACUGGAAACGCAGUUGUCUGGAUUAUUUUUUACGUAUUUUCAUACUCCCAGCUACAAAAAGCUGCGAAAAACCCAUUUCCCUGGCGGGGCUUCCUACGCCCCGUAGUGAUCUAUGUGUUAUAACUAUCCGAUGGUCAAUGGAAUACUAGUGAAACACAUCAUACGUUGGCAGCACACAAUUCCACACACAAACACCUCAGCAAAACGCGACAAUGUCGCUGUUCCGCAAGCCGAAAAAACCUAUUCAGAGGCGCGUUUUCAGCGGUUACGACGACGAAGAUGAGGAGAACAAUCCGUCGAGCAAGGAUACCGCACACGCCGCUGGAAAUGGCAAUGGUUCCCCCGGCGAACCGAGCUUGGCACCCGAAGGACCAAUGGUAUCAUCCGGCGGUACAUCCAUUGCGGUUGCGUCCUCCGAGCGCAAGCGGAAAGAACACCGUACCGACACUAAACCGGACACCUCCAAGGGUGUUGGAUCGUCGAAAUCGAAUGCGAUCACCAAACCCUCUUUACUUAGUUUCGACGACGAAGAGGAGGGCGAAGUUUUCCAAGUGAAAAAGUCCUCCCACAGUAAGAAGGUGAUGAAAUCGCUCGACAAGGAACGACGGAGGAAGCGGCACAUGGAGAAGAGCAAUGGCACCGGUACGGCCCCAAGCACCUUCCAACAUUCGUCCGCCCCUUCGGAGCAUGCUGCAAUGGGCAGCAAGGCGGCGACCACGGCAAACCAGCGCAGCAGCAAGCAGCAGUAUCCUUCCUCUUCUCCUCCCUCCACCAGCUUGUCGUACGACAACGACAGUAAUGAUAAGAUAAAAAGAGAAAAGUGUGAAAAUUCUAGCUCUAAUAUCCAAACAGAAAUACGCACAGACGACUUUGUGCUGGUGGUCAAGAAAACGGACCCCGCGAAUCUGAUACUGAACGGCAGGGCGGCACUUUGCGCCGGCCGGAACGACAUGUCUUCGGAGGACGAGGAAUCGCACGAUGCGGUCGAACAGGAAGCCGGGCAGCAGCGUGGACAUCAUCAUCGGUUUGCGAAGCCGCAGGAUAACUUUAAGAUGUGUCUGGAAAAUGGUGUCAUACCGGAUGCCGCUAUGAUUCACGCUGCCCGAAAGCGUCGGCAAAAGGCACGCGAACAAGGUGAAUUCAUUCCGGUGGAAGAGCCCAAGGAGGACAAAAGCAAAAAGCGUACCGUCCAGGAAGAUGGUGAUGGUGACGGGUCGGAUGAGGAUGACGAUCGGAUCGACAUGUCCGCCAUUACCGGUGCCAAAGAGCGGGAGGAGCGACGGGAGCAGUUCUACGCGGUGCAACGUGAAGACUCCGAUGCGGAGGAUUCCGACGUGGAAACGAAGGAAUGGGAAAAUCAGCAGAUUCGCAAAGGUGUCACGGGGGCGCAACUCGUGUCCGCCCAGCAGGAGUCGGUCAUUUCGCAGUACCUAAUCCACAGCGGCUUCAGCCAGACGUUCCACAAUAAAUCGUCCCCCUCCGAUGGCGGUAUGAUGGUGGACGAUCUGGACGAGGGCACGUCCGGCGUUCGUGCCCUUUCGACGGCCGCACUGCUGGAGCAGGCGUACGCGGCGUCUAGCGGCGGUCUAUCCAGUCGAGUGUCGGGCAGCAGUAAACGGCCCGGUAUCGGUCACAGUUUAGGUCAGAAAUCUUCGGCCGACUCGAAACCGACUGGCCCUCGGAUGCCGCAGCAAAUUCUAACGCAGCUAGCCGAACGGCACCGUACGACGGUGGAGUUAAAUCGGAAGCACGAUGACGAUGUCGAGCACAUUACAAAGGAGAUCAAGCUGCUACAGAUGGAUCAUCGGGCGUGCGAACAAAAAGCGCCGAUCGCUGCGGCCAAGUAUCGUUUCUAUCAAGAGUUUCGCUGCUACGUGACGGAUCUGGUCGAGUGUCUUAACGAAAAGGUCCCAUUGGUGACCGCACUGGAGCAGCGUGCCCUGCAGCUGUUGGGAAAACACUCGGCCAUGCUUAUCGAACGGCGUCGGCAGGAUGUGCGAGAUCAGGUGAAGGAAAUGACCGAUGCCAAUAAAGCAAUGAAACGACCUGCGGACGAUCAAGAGCGAGUGCGACGGGCAGCGGAACGCGAAGGACGACGCACGCGGCGCCGGAGGGAUCGGGAGAAAAAUGAAACGGCCGACAGUCACCUCGACGGGAUGUCCAGUGAUGACGAAAUCCCCGACAUGGAAGCAGCUCGCUACAAAGCGGCCCUGCAGACGGUCGAGCUGGAAACGCGGGACGUGUUUGCCGACGCGACCGAAGAGUACUGCGACAUCGGUGCCAUACUGGGCAAGUUCGAACAGUGGCGCGUGCACGAUAUGGCCGCGUACAGCGAUGCAUACGUGAGCCUCUGCCUGCCGAAGAUACUCGGCCCGCUGGUACGCCUUCAGCAUAUCACCUGGAACCCGCUUCACUCGGACACCGUCGGUGAGUUCGAGGGUGAGGAGUGGUUCCGGCUGGCGGUCCUCUUCGGUAGCCUCUCGUCGUCGGGUGCCACCGAAGACGAGCUGGCCGAAGAUCCUGACGUGCGCCUGGUACCGACGCUGGUGGAAAAGAUAUUCCUGCCCAAGCUGACGGCCCUGGUCGAGCAGUGUUGGGAUCCACUGUCCACGACGCAAACCUUCCGCCUGGUGCGUCUACUCAAACGGCUCGCACGGGACUAUCCAUCGUUGCGCAUCACCUGCAAACCGUUGCGGACACUAUUUCAAGCAAUUCUCGACAAGAUGAAGCAAUCCAUCGAUAACGAUGUGUUUAUUCCGAUCUUCCCCAAGCAAGCACAGGAGGCCAAAUCGUCCUUCUUCCAGCGUCAGUUUUGCAGCGGACUGAAGCUGUUCCGCAACAUCACCAGCUGGCAGGGAAUACUGGCCGAUUCGGCAUUGAACGAAUUGGCGAUCGGGUCGCUGCUGAACCGCUACCUGCUGAACGGGAUGCGCGUCUGCUUGCCGACCGACGCCAUCGGGAAGGCGUCGACCAUCGUGUACACAUUGCCACGCGUGUGGCUCAGCCCGUCCGGGUUGAUCGUGCAAAGUUUAGAUCAGUUCGUCAACAUGUUACGACUUUUGGAAUCUCGGCUUGACCCAGCGACGCCUCCCAAUGGGGAACUGAUCGAACAGAUACACAUAAUACUGUCCAGUCUGCACGUGGUUUCCGCGUAGUACGGAAGGUGGACGGAAGAAUGGCGGGAAUCUUCAGCCAUACCCAUUGUCCAUGAAGGGUUGAAAAAGGGACCUUUCCUUGCGUACACUUCGGACGUAUUAAUUAACAAAGCAAUGAAACGAAGAUGAAAGUUGGAUACGCCAUGUGCGUGUGUGUGUGUAUGUGUGCUACUGGCCUGGCCUCCUUUGGACCACCGUGGUCGAGAGUGUUUCUUUUGAUAACUGUUUAUACGCAAAUGAUAUCACAUGCACGAAAAUAAAAUCCAUAUGCUCUGAACGUUAUGAAUGACGUGGAAAAAUCGGAA